GGACCAGCGCCCGGCAUGUCGCAAGCGCUCCCCGCCGCCAGCAGCGUCCAGCUGAGGAGCGCCGCGGCGCCCCGGAGCCAGCCGCAGCCACAGAGCCCAGAGGAUGAUGACAGGAAGGUUCGAAGGAGAGAGAAAAACCGAGUUGCUGCUCAAAGAAGUCGAAAGAAACAGACCCAGAAGGCUGACAAACUCCACGAGGAAUACGAGUGCCUGGAGCAGGAAAACACCGUUCUGCGGAGGGAGAUCGGAAAGCUGACGGAGGAGCUGAGGCACCUGAGCGAGGUGCUGAAGGAGCAUGAGAAAAUGUGCCCACUGCUAUUGUGCCCUAUGAACUUCGUGCAGGUGCUGCAAGAGCCCGUGGCCAGCUGCCUGCCCCGAUGAAGCCAAGGAUGCCGUCCCUCCUGCGUGGAGUGAGGAGCGUCGGUCCUUUACAAACCUGGCAAAAAGGAUUUCCAUCUGCACUUGGGUACAGGGGCACCGGAAGUAACCUGGCCAGCUGUGGCCUCCACAGACUGUCCUCAGCCCAGCCCAGUGCUCUGCCAGCCCCAUACUCAGAGCCCUGGAACAGCACGUCCAGGAGGAAGGCCAUCCUCAGGAAUCACGUCUUAUCCAUUUUGGCAGCUAGUGAUAAAGGAUUGUGCAGGGAGUUAGGCGAUCUGAUGGGUGAGAACAAUGGCUUGGAUGCUAUUUAUUUUUUCUUUUUGCCAGUCCUGGGGCUUAAACUCAAGGCUUGGGUGCUGUCCCUGAGCCUCUCUGAGCUCAAA